GUGGCUGCCAGAGUUGGUAGUCUUAAGAUUGGGAAGCCGGUACGGUGCGGCCGGGUGAGGAAAAUGGGGGAGAAGGCGCUGCCGGCUGUCUAUAAGAAGUAUAUCUGCUCCUUCCCGGAAUGCAGUGCUUCGUAUAACAAGACCUGGAAGCUGCAGGCCCAUCUGUGCAAGCACACUGGGGAGAGACCCUUUCCUUGUACAGUGGAAGGAUGUGGCAAAGGCUUUGUGACCUUGUUUCAUCUGACCCGUCAUACUAUGACUCAUACUGGAGAAAAGCCUUGCAAGUGUGAGGCUCCAGAUUGUGACUUGUCAUUUACCACAAUGGGAAAUAUGAGGAGACAUCAUCAACGGGCUCAUCUGUCUCCAAGCCUUAUUUAUAUGUGUUACUUUGCAGAUUGUGGCAAAACCUUCAAGAAACACAAUCAACUAAAAAUUCAUCAGUACAUCCAUACCAACCAGCAUCCAUACAAAUGUACUAAUGAAGGAUGCGACAAAAGCUUCUCCUCCCCUUCUCGACUUAAACGCCAUGAAAAAGUUCAUGCAGGUUAUCCAUGCCAAAAGGAUAGCACUUGUCCGUUUGUGGGGAAAACAUGGACAGAGUACAUGAAACAUGUGGCCACUAUUCAUUCAGAGCCAGCCAUCUGCGAUGUUUGUAAUCGCACGUUUAAGAAAAAAACUCACCUAAAGGAUCAUAAGAAAACUCAUGAAGAGAGGAUAGUAUACAGAUGCCCCAGGGAAGACUGUGAUCGAACGUAUACCAAAAAGUUUGCCCUCCAGAGUCAUAUCCUCUCCUUCCAUGAGGAAUUGCGCCCCUUUGCCUGUGAGCAUCUUGGAUGCGGCAAAACAUUUACAAUGAAGCAAAGCCUUGAUAGACAUGCCAAUACCCAUGAUCCUGAGAAGAAAAAGAUGAAGAAGCCACGCCCUAAAAGAAGUCUUGCUUCCCGCUUGUCCGGAUACAAGCCAAAGAAAUCCACUAAAACAUCCAAAUCAGUGUCAGAUGUGGGGAACCUGCCUUUAUGUGAUCCCCUAGAUCCUGCUAAAGCAAUGCAAAAUCUCAGCAUUAAAUAA